AUGAUAUCUCGAGCGGCGGCUCCCACCUCCUCCUCCAUCUCCUCCCUCUCCACCCGCUCCCUCCGCGCCCAAGGGACGGCCGCCCGCUCCUUCGCAACCGUGCAGGAGGCUCCUCCCGUGCGACACCAUGGCGGGCUCAAGGACCAGGACCGAAUCUUCACCAACCUUUACAACCACCACGGUGCUGACCUCAAGUCGGCUAUGAAGUAUGGCGGUGAUUGGCACCGGACAAAGGACAUGGUGCUGAAGGGCCACGACUGGCUCAUUUCAGAGAUCAAGGCUUCUGGUCUCCGUGGUCGUGGCGGUGCUGGUUUUCCCUCGGGAUUGAAAUACUCGUUCAUGAACUUCAAGGACUGGGACAAGGAUCCUCGCCCCCGUUAUUUGGUCAUCAACGCUGAUGAGGGUGAGCCCGGUACUUGCAAGGAUCGCGAGAUUAUGCGCAAGGACCCCCAGAAGCUCAUCGAGGGCUGCUUGGUGGUCGGCCGUGCCAUGAACGCUAACGCCGCAUACAUCUACAUCCGUGGUGAGUUCUACCACGAGGCGACCGUUCUCCAGCGCGCUAUCAACGAGGCCUAUGCCGCCGGUCACAUCGGCAAGAACGCUUCCGGUACCGGUUACGACUUCGACGUCUACAUCCACCGCGGUAUGGGUGCCUACGUUUGUGGCGAAGAGACCUCCCUCAUUGAGUCCAUUGAGGGCAAGGCUGGAAAGCCCCGUCUCAAGCCCCCGUUCCCCGCUGCCGUCGGUCUUUUCGGUUGCCCCAGCACUGUCACCAACGUCGAGACCGUCGCCGUUGUCCCGACUAUCAUUCGCCGCGGCCCCAGCUGGUUCUCGUCCUUCGGUCGUGAGCGCAACGCCGGUACGAAGCUGUUCUGUAUCUCCGGCCACGUCAACAACCCCGUCACCGUUGAGGAGGAGAUGUCCAUUUCCCUGCGCGAACUGAUCGAGAAGCACUGCGGUGGCGUCCGUGGCGGCUGGGAUAACCUCUACGCCGUCAUUCCCGGUGGUUCUUCCACUCCUGUUAUCCCCAAAUCCGUUGCCGACGACCAACUCAUGGACUUCGAUGCCCUCAAGGACUCCCAGUCCGGUCUGGGUACCGCCGCCGUCAUCGUCAUGGACAAGUCCACCGACAUUGUCCGUGCCAUCUCCCGCCUGUCCCAGUUCUACAAGCACGAGUCUUGCGGUCAGUGCACUCCUUGCCGUGAGGGCAGCAAAUGGACUAUGCAGAUGAUGCAGCGUCUGGAGACCGGUAACGCCCGUGACCGUGAGAUCGACAUGCUCCAGGAGUUGACCAAGCAGGUCGAGGGCCACACCAUUUGUGCCCUGGGCGAGGCCUUCGCCUGGCCCAUCCAGGGUCUGAUCCGCCACUUCCGCCCGGAGCUGGAGAAGCGCAUCCGCGAAUACGAGCAGGAGCUCGGUGCCGCCCCCUACGCUGGUGGCUGGCACCCGAACAGCCGUGCUGAGGGCAAGCUGAUCUCCCCCGGCAUGUAA